UUUACCAGUUUCGGUAUUAGUUUCAGUAAACAAAGAAAGUGAGAGUGAGGAAAAGCAGUGUGUGAAAGCAUAGGGUAAGAAAGUUGAAAGCUUUAAUAGGAGGAGAGUACUCUCACUCUGUAGUUAAUUGCUUUGGAUCUGAGAUUCUGAAAUAGAAAUACUCGAGCAAAAAGAUGACGGGGGUUGGUUCUGGUUCUGGUUCUGGUUCUGGUUCUGGUUCUGGCUGUGGUUCUGGUGGCGGAGCAGCAUCAAAUAUGAUAAUGUCGAGGCGAGCAGGCGGUGGUUGGUUGAGAUGUUGUUUAGUGACGUUUGCUGUUAUCUCAGCACUUUGUGUUUCUGGUCCUGCUCUCUAUUGGAAAUUCAAUCUCCAUAAUCAUAUUAAUAUCAAUCUGCACCAACAACAAACACAACACCAUCUAUCUUCUCCUUCUUCUUGUCCAACUUGCUCCUGCGAUUGCCCACCUCCUCCUUCUCUCCUUCAGAUUGCCCCUGGAUUGGCCAAUCUUUCAGUACCAGAUUGUGGGAGCAGUGACCCAGAUCUGAAGAAAGAAAUGGCAAAACAAUUUGCGGAUCUGUUGACAGAAGAGUUGAAGCUGCAAGAGGCAGUUGCUGCAGAGCACGCGGUGCAUAUGAAUGCAACAUUGACAGAAGCAAGAAGAGUAGCUUCUCAGUAUCAAAGAGAAGGUGAUAAAUGCAUUGCUGCAACCGAAACCUGCGAGGGAGCCAGAGAGCGUUCUGAGGCUUUCCUUAGGAAGGAGAUCAAGUUGACUUCACUUUGGGAACGAAGAGCUCACAAAUUGGGCUGGCAACCUGAAUUCAACUGAAAUCAACUCACUUUCUAUUUGUAUGUGUCCUUUCCUUCUUCACAAACAACUCUCUUACUGUAGUUUUUCUAGUAAUUUGUUGCUCAUACUGUAAAUUUGACUCUACUUAUCAUAUAUAAAGCUUCAGAUUGAGAUUUUGAGUA